AUGAUUGAAAUGCCAUCCAAUGAACUCGUUAUUGUAUGGUUGGACCCUUAUAUUGGUGUUCCUGGCAAUUGUAUUCAUCUUAAAGAAGUUUUUACUACUACCACCGAUCCAACUCAUCCGUGUCCGAUAAAUCUAUGUGAUCGGAAUUCUAUUGAAUUUUACUCGCAUACAACAGAUUCGAUAUACCAACAUCGAUUUCCAGGUCCUUGCCAAUUAAAAUGCUUUACUGAUGAAGAAGAAUGUUUAAAUUGUGUAGAUGAAUGCUUAAAUGCAUAUAAGCAAAUAUUUCUUAUUCUACCUGAUAAUGUUGGAGAGGAGUUUUUUCUACGCAUUUACAAACAGCAUGAAAAAGAAUUUCAAAAGACUCAAAAUGAAAUAUCAAUCAAAUUUUACAUAUUUAUCUAUAUGGAUAAAAUUGAAGAAUGGUUAUAUGAAUAUGAAGAGUAUCUUCGAAUCUAUUACCAUGAAGCGGAUCUUUUGUAUGCACUAACGCGAGACAUAGCUAUCUAUUACAUGACAGUUGGUGAAAAAUUAUUUACUCAAAAUACACUUAAUGAUCUUCGUCAAGCGUUAAUUUAUUUUCAUUGGGCUAAAAAGCUUUUUUUUCGCGGAAAUUCAAUGUCAUCCUAUAAAGAAACUGAACUUCAAACGUAUUCGGAAACAAUGAUCAAUGAAUCGGAAUUAAUUAUUCAUUCAUUAACAAACGAAGACCAUUUGUCGUGUGAUUCGAGAAAUAAACUAAUCGAAAAUAUUUUCAUUUACUGCCCAAUAGAAUUGAAUGGUGAAGCAUUCAAACUAAAAGCACUAUUCAAUCAGAUACUUAACAAGCGUCCGCUAUUGUUUAACAGUGCGAAUGAGUUCAUUUCUAAUUUCCAAUUAGAAAAUUAUAAAAAUCAACAUAAUUGUCCGAUCGUAAUUUUUUCGAAUAUUCAAAAUCAAACUAAUAUAUUUGAAGAAUUAUCAUCAAUAAAAUCAGUCGAACAUAUUUAUCCAUUAGAUUCGAGUAAAGAUAAAUUAACUGAACAGCGAAAUCACGGGCCAGUAUUAAGACGAUUUCCAAAAAUUCGAAAUAUCUCCAGCAGCACAACAGCACUUGUUCUCGAAUGGAUACUGGAUCAUGCAACCGAAUGUGAAAAAAUUGCGGAGUAUUUCAAAGACAAUGGCGAUUCAAAGCGCGCACGCAUGUACUAUGAAAAAUCUAUAAAACUUAAUGAAUGUCUUUGCACUUUGAUUAAAAACCAGUAA